AUGGCUUAUAUUCCUGACAAUGUGUCGGUUAUCUCAUUACUGUCAGAUUCUUCUGAUGAAGAUGAUAUGGAUAUCAUGACCGUGAUAUCUGGUAGGAAAACGGAGGGAAUAACAACCUACAAAUCAACACGAAGGUCACUGCGAAUACACCAAAUGAAUACCAGCAAUACAAUACCGAAUAAUACAUACCCCCUGAAACUAUCAGAUUCGAAAAAACCAUUUGAUAUCCAAAUACCAUCAGUAUUCAAAUAUGAAGCAAAUAAAAUACACAAGAUAAAUACUCGAAAUGAGAAUAUCAAACAAGAGAUUAAUAAAGAAGAAAAAGAGUUGAAAGAAAAAUACGAAAAAUUGCAACAAAUCAAGGCCAAGUUAGUAAUUGAAUUAAAUGAUAAUGGAUCCGAUGGACUUCUUAGAUACGACGCCAAUGAGAACUCGCUGUAUAUUGACAGUCUUAUAAAGCAGGAAAUCAACGAUAUGGACAAAGUUAGAAGAAAUUUCUAUUUUCUAAAAAACGUCGAAGAUGUGAUAUUUGAUUUUGAGGGUGAAAACUUUGAAUAUAUUCCCCAAUCUUUGUUGUUUUUGAUUACUGCCGACCCUAUAAAAGCAUAUAAUACUAGCCCCAUUAUAAAAACCGAUUUAAGGUAUUUCAUAAUGAGAGCUUUGAGUACAGUGUUAAAUCCACAGCAUUUGAUAUCAAUAAUUGAAAUGAUUAAAAAUGUCCAAGGCAAUGUUUUCACGUUUGAUGAAUUGAUUAAAUUUACCAAUAAAUUUGGAGGGGAAACCAAACUUCUCCAAAACAAUAAAAUGUCAUUAAAAAUUAACAUGUUUAAUAAUCAUUUGAGAAUGCAGUUAUUGAGACUAACGUUACUUUUCAAUUGCUACUUGAUUGGUGACAACAAUGAUGAGCAGAAUUUAGUUGGUAUUUUGAAAUUGUUUACCUAUAUUGUAUCUGAUUACAAUGCCAAUAAAAGAGAAUAUACUACAUUAGAAUAUUUCACCGUGACUGUAUUUACUAAAUUAAUCAAAAAAUACCACAAGCCUGAUAAUAAUAAUGAAUUUGUAUCACAAUUAUUUGAAUAUAUAUCAGGGAUUGAAGUCGUCAACUAUGGGAAUCUUCAAGAAACUGAUACUACAAAAAGCCUCGAACUAUGUUUCAAUUUUGUGAGAUUGUUGAAUGUUGCUUUUGCCCGCAAUAAUGAUAGAAACAUCACUGAUGUCAUUUACAAGUUGAAUAUUAUGAUAAUUUUAAAUGGAAUUCCCAUUUUUGAUAGAUCCGUGCCUGAACUAGUCAAUAGUCUUGUUUCAUAUAUCAAAUUAACAGAAAUUGAUUUGAAAUUUUGUUACAAAAUUAAAACAUUAAAUUUUAUACUCAAUGGUCAAUACAUGGUGAAUCAAACUCGUGAUACCCUUAAUCAAAUCAAAGAUGAUAUUGUUGAAUUGAAAAAAAUAUUUUAUUCUUCUAUGGAGAAACUAACAACUUCUACAGAGGGUCUUGAUUUAGUAAUGAUGGUUCAAGAUGUUUUCCAUCAACUAGAGUAUUUGAAUAAUUUGAUAGAAAGUUUCCAACAUGAAGAUUUAUUUUAUAAUGAUAUAUAG